AUGGGGCUUCGACCUGGGACCAACUACGUGAGGACCCGGACGCGUUGUUAUACAGACUACGAUACUGGAAUAUCUCUUUUACCGAAAAGUGAAUUCGGAAAGUUGACUAUCCCAUUCCUUUCUCAUGGAGUGAGUGCGGAUGGAAUCAGAGCCUUGCCGAAGAUUGUCAAAGGCAUAGAGGACUUACCUUUCCCGUCUACGUACAAGGGAGUGCAGUCCUUCUUAGGAAGUCUGAAUUAUUGCAACAAGUUUAUUGGAGACUUACCAGUAGUCGCCGCUGUGCGCUAUGAACUAGACGAAGAACGUGAACGUGCUGGACGGAACCUGGAAGCUGCAAAGAAGUGUGGUGGAUUGGCCGGCAACGCGGGGCGCGAGUGA